AUGAGCACCCUCUACAGAACCCUGACCGGUCAAUCGCAAAAGUCGCAUCACUCGGAUCAUUCCGUUGGCACACAUGCCCAUCCGACCUUGACAAGAACAACCACUGCAGACCCUUUAACCGGCACUCUCAAUCAUUUAAACCCAACCCAAGAACAAAGGCUCCACGAGUUCAAGGAGCGGCUACAAGAGGCGGGAUCCUGGUCGCCCGACGCUGUCAAUGGCAAACCCACCCACGAUGACGGAACCCUCCUCCGAUAUUUACGCGCCCGCAAGUUCGAUGUCCAAGGUGCCGUCGGUCAGUUCACGGAGACGGAGCAAUGGCUCAAGGAGCAACGGGUGGAAGAGCUUUACGAUAAUUUUGACGUCGAGGCGUAUGAGAAGGCACGGCUAAUGUAUCCCCAAUGGACCGGCCACCGUGACAGACGAGGCAUUCCCAUCUACGUCUACGUGAUCAAGGGUCUUGACAGCAAAAACGUGCAUAAAUACCAGAAAGAGUCGCAGGCCUACAAGGACAGCCUUCCGAACCACAAGGGUCUCCCUACGCCCGCCAAACUGCUUCCUUUGUUCGCCCUCUACCAGAAUCUGCUCAACUUCGUCCUGCCCCUGGUUUCCACGCUCGAGAGACCAAAUCCUGAAGUCCCCGUAACCAACUCUACGAACAUUGUCGAUAUUUCAGGCGUGGGUUUGACGCAGUUCUGGAAUUUAAAGGCCCAUAUGCAAGAUGCCUCUAUUCUAGCCACGGCACAUUACCCCGAGACCCUGGACAGGAUUUUUAUCAUUGGCGCCCCUGCUUUCUUUCCCACCGUCUGGGGUUGGAUCAAACGUUGGUUCGAUCCCGUCACAGUCUCCAAGAUCUUCAUUCUCAGCAAAAACGACGUGAAACCUACCUUGGCCAAAUUUAUGGACACAAAAGACUUUCCCAAGCGUUACGGCGGUGAUCUCAACUGGGACUGGGGUGAUCUGCCGCAUUUGGACGACGAGACUCGGACAGCUCUGGAAAGAGAUGGGAAUAAAGGUUGGGUGAGGGGUCCUUGUCUGUGGCUCGACGCGCAGAGAAUUCCAGUCGGAUCUGAAAACGGUAAACUCAGGCGGCCGAACCUAGACAUUGAGAAGAUGAAACCGGUUGUUUAUGCCGCUGAUUACACAGAAUUCCCAGUCCACCCGGACAAAAAACUGUCUUCAGGUGGAAAGGCGCCUGUUCCCAAUGGGACUGCAUCGCCACAUCAUCAGGCCGAAGAAGCUGCAGUGGCGGCGGCGAACGGAGGAGCUACGGUCGCAAAUCUCAUCGCGACCCAAAUGAAUUCAGAACGAGAACCACAACUGUCACAAAGAGAAGCACCAUCAACCGCACCCUCACAAUCAGAACCUGAAUCCACGUCCAAUUCGCUCGCCCAUCCACCGGCCCAACCCCAGCCUGGUCCUCUUCCGACACACACCAUCGCCAUGACGACGGCCAUCGAAGAGAAACUCGCCCGGGAAUCCAUCUCGGCUAUCCCGUCCACCGCCAAUGGCCACAUGAACGGUUAUGCCACGGGACCAGGCGAAGGACAUCCCGAAGUGCUGGUGUCGAGCGACACGAGCAAAGGGUUGGCGAUCGAGGCCAAGAGAUUGACCAUCUCAGAGACGGUGAAGGACGGAGAGAGCGAAAGGCCGGUCAUGGAAAGAUUCGUCACCGCAACGGAGGUGUGA